AUGGCGGCUCUCAGUGGUAGCAGUAACGAAACGGGAUUAUCUAAAGCUGAGUAUCUAAAACGUUAUUUGUCGUCUGAUAACGAUGCAAAAUCAUCAAAGGGAAAAAUUAAAAAGAAACGGCGCAAGGUUCCGCAGAAAGGACUGAAAAUAGUAGACGAUGACAUUGACUGGAAACAGACAGUUAAGGAGGAGUAUGAGAUUGAAGAGGACGAAGAGGACGCUCCGGUGAUUGCUGAGGUAAUUGAUGAUCGACCAGAGGAGGUGAAACAGCUGGAGGACUUCAGAACUAGCAACAGAUGGAAAGUGAUUGGAGGUACUGACGAUGAUAAAGACUCAGAGGAAAGUGUAGGACAUCACCAUUCUGACCCUGUGGCAUCAGUCAAAAGUAGCCAUGACCCCUCAGGGCUCUUAUCAAAGAAAAGGAAAGAUUAUAAUCCUGCCAGAAAGGCUCGACAUGACUCUCCAGAAGUCUCUCCUCCCAGGAGAGGUCGUCAUGAUUCUCCAGACAUAUCCCCUCCUCGGAGAGGUCGUCAUGAUUCUCCAGACAUAUCCCCUCCCAAGAGAGGUCGUCAUGAUUCUCCAGACAUAUCCCCUCCCAGGAGAGGUCGUCAUGAUUCUCCAGACCUUUCACCUCCAAGGCAAUAUAAAGGGAAAUCAGGAAAGGUGUUAAGUAAAGAUUCAUCUCCCACUGCCCAAAGAAAACCCAGCUCCUCAUCAACAUAUAAAAAACAUUCUUCUGAUUCACGGCAGUCCCCAGUGACAAAGAGAGCUCAGAACAGACAUGAUUCAGACUCUGACCAGUCUCCACCACGCAAAAAAACACUAAAGGGAAAUGCUUCAGAUUCUGACCAGUCUCCUCCAAGAAGGCACUCAAACAUGAGAAGAGGCUCUGAUUCUGACCAGUCUCCACCCAGGAGGCGACCACAGAAUCGAAAAGACUCAGAUGAAGACUUGUCACCACCUCGCAGACCUGGCCUGUCACAGGAGCAGAGGAUGCUUUCUGGUGGGAAGGCAGGUCUGGUUUCAGUGGAUGUCUUAAGACAAGAGCAAGAGCAGAACCGGCGCAGAGAAAAACAAAAUCGGCCUUUAGAAGAUGAAUCGCACAAUGCCCAGACGGUGUUUCGAGACAAGAGUGGUAAGAGGAGGGAUUUAGAUAUGGAGAGAGAAGAACAGAAGAAAAAGGCUGGAGAAAAAGCUGCAAAAGAUGAGAAAUAUGCUCAGUGGGGAAAAGGCUUGGCCCAAAACCAAAUGGAACAGCAGAAACUUGUGGACGCACUGCAUGAAGCCCAGAAGCCACUGGCACGUCACCACGACGAUGAGGAGCUUGACCGCAUGUUGAGAGAGCAGGAACGAGAGGGGGAUCCGAUGGCUGCCAUGCUCAGGCGAAAAAAGGAUCGCGGUGUGAAGGGACAAGAAAAGCUUCGGUAUAAAGGCCCAGCACCACCUCCAAAUCGAUUCAAUAUUCCACCUGGAUAUCGAUGGGAUGGAGUUGACAGGUCCAAUGGUUUUGAACAAAAACGGUACAUGCGGAUAGCGGAUAGGAAAGCAGGCCAGGAGGCAGCUUAUAAAUGGAGUGUGGAGGACAUGUAACAUUGUAAUUCCAGCCUGACAUGAUAGAUAUCAUGUAUUGUAUAUGUCCAAACUGUGACCGAUUACUUCAUCUGAUGAAAACAAACUGCAUAUUUGACUUCUACAAAUCAUACCUACUGAUUAAUAUGGAAUAAGAAAAUGUUGUUUAUUUUUCAAAGUAGUUUGAUACUGUAAAACAUUAUAAAUGAUUCAGUAUUUGCUGUACAGUUAAUGAGACCAUCUUAUUUACCUAUUUCAAUGUAGAGUUAACCCUGAUGUAUUUUCACUGUUUUCAUUAAAUACUUUUGUAUUUAA